AGAGGCGAGGAGAGAAGGGAGGAGAGGAGAGAAGGGAGGAGACCGCACGAAUACAAUGAUCACAAACACCGGGCACGACCAUCUGAAGGCAGACUAUCUCCGAUCCAACGCGACCUAUUGCCCAGACUCCCCCGUCCCCUCCUCUCCGGAAGCCGGGCAGCUAAGCAGCAGACGGGACACCCAGACCACCAGCGGCAGCGUCAUCCCGGAGGGGAGCGGCAGCAUCCAGCCCCUGGUACACUCCGCCGCAGCCGCCGCCUGCAUCAUGACAUCGGGGGAGUUCAUGCAGACUUCUCCGCUGCUGGCGCACAGGUCCAAGCGGAGCCUGCUGUACAAGGCGCUCUGCUUCCUCCUCCUCGUCUUCCAGGGGGGCAUUCUGGACUUCUACCUCAUCAUCUUCACCGACCUGUACUGGUGCUCAUGGAUCGCCACGGAUCUGGUGGUGAUCUCGGGUUGGGGCAUUUUCUUUAUGAAGAACGCGCGGAGCAAGAGGGAGCGGGCCUGCGGCUUCCACCAGAAGAGCUCCAUCUUCGGCUGCAACCUCGGGGAGUUCACCUACGCCUACCUGGCCUGGCUCAUAUAUGUCAUCGCCUGCACCCCGAAGGUGGUGCUAAUCCUGGAGACGUCCAUCCUGGACCUGAUCGAGCUCAAGGUCCCGUGCGGAGUAACCGGCUUCAAGAUCAUCAUGCUGCUGUCCGUGCCGCUGCUCUUCUGCCUCAUCAACUCCAUCAUCGAGGAUUUGAACGGGGCGACGCGGCACCACUCCCAGAGCUGCUUCAUGAGCACCUGCCUGGACCUGCUGGACAGCUUCACGCUGGUGGAGAUGCUGCUGAGGAGCGAGAUCCCCACCGUGUACUUGAAGUACACCGUGGUGUCGGUGUACUUCGUGGUGCUGGCCGUGCCGGUGAUCUGGCUUUACGAGCUCACGGCGUCGGAGCUGCGCUGCCGGUGGCUGUGGGCCCGCUUCUCCACGGGCCUGGUGGUCAACGCGCCGCUGCUCGUGGUCAGGUGUUUCCAGGUGUACGUUUACCGGAUGCCGGUGUCGGUGUUCAUGUUCAAAAACAUCUUCUUCUUGGUGUGUAAGUUCCUGGAGCUGGUGGAGCAAUGCGUGGCGGUGCGGGGGGGCCGGAGGCUGGCCGGCGGCAGCAACCCGGCCGAGUUCUCCCACUGCGUGUCCGAGAACGACAUGUGUCCGCACGGGUACGUCAACACGCUGGCCGUCACCCAGUCCUAGAGCCCGGGGCGACAC